CGGGACCGGGGUAGCGCCGUCCCCUUCGGUCCUGCGUGUCCCCUCCGCCGUGUCCCGUCUCCUCCCCUCCGUCCGUCCCGCGUGUCCCCAGCGGGGCGCCGCGGCGUGCGAUCCCGGCCGGAGCCGGCGAGAUCGCGGCCCGGCCCCGGCUGGCAGCGGUUCGGGGGGUGGGAGGAACGGGGGGAGGCCGAGCCCCGCCGUCGGGAUGGAUCGGACCGGUACCGUGCGGCUGCGGGGCCUCCACGCGUGAUACCGGGACGUCUGGGAGCCGUGCAGCGGGACGCCGGUACCGGCGCAGCACGGGGCGCUGGCCAUGGAGCCGGGCACCAUCGACAACCUGUCCAUCCUGUACCAGAGCUCCGACUUCAUCGUGGUCAACAAGCACUGGGACAUCCGCAUCGACAGCAAGAUGUGGUACGAGACGCUGACCCUGCAGAGCCAGCUCAAGUACCGCUUCCCCGAGCUGGCCGACCCCGACACCUACUACGGCUUCAGGUUCUGCCACCAGCUCGACUUCUCCACCAGCGGGGCCCUGUGCGUCGCGCUCAACAAAGCGGCGGCGGGAAGCGCCUACAAGUGUUUUAAAGACCGGCUGGUGACCAAAGCCUAUCUCGCCCUGGUCAGGGGCCACGUCAGCCAGAGCCGAAUGACGAUCCGCUACGCCAUAGGGAAGAACACCACCGAGGGCAUGACCCACAUGAUGUGCAUCGACGGGACGGAGGGCUGUGAAAAUCCCAAGCCUUGCCAGUCGGAGCUGAUCGUGCUGGAGCACGGGUCCUACAGCGGAGACCCCGUAACCAAAGUGCUGCUGCAGCCGCUGACAGGGCGGACUCAUCAGCUCCGGGUUCACUGCAGCGCCAUCGGCCACCCCAUCGUGGGGGACUUCACCUACAGCCACAAGAAGGACAGCAGUCCCUACAGGAUGAUGCUCCACGCGUACUACCUGCGCAUCCCCACCGGCAAGGAGCUUAUCGAGGUCUGCGCGCCCGAUCCCUUCGUCACCGCAAUGGACAGCAACUGGGUGCCCCACCACGUCACUCACCGGCUGGAUGAGACCAUCCAAGAGCUGAAGGACAAGGUGAUGCGGAACGGGGAAGAGGAGGAGGAGAGCCAGGAAGCCGUGCUUGGUGGCGGAGGAGAUGAGGCACCGAGCGAAGCCAAGAGCGUGGAGACAGAGGAGCAGCGAGCCCGGUGCGAGCAGUGGUUGGCCGAGUGGGCUUUGGAGUGAGCACAAACCACGUCUCUGCAUUUCCAGCCCAAUGCUCCAUUUUCGUCCCAGCGGGUCCCCAUGGAGCCCAGCGCUGACUCCACAUCUGCGCUUUCUGUAUGCCAUGGCUUCCCUCACUUCUGGGGCUGGGAUUAGGCAGAUUUUAGCAGCGAUUAGGAUGGGUUUGGUUUUUAACAUACACAUCAUCCAUCUGGCCACUGGAUGCCCCUUUCCUAAUUCUGGGCCUCAGCAGCAGAGUCAGUGUGUCAUGUACCAGCUUAGAGUGACCCCAAAGCUUUACAUCCCUGUCCCGGGGCUCAGGCACAGCUGGGGCAGCACGGACGAUGCCUUUGCCGUGAGGGUGAUGGACGUAUCCGCAAACCCUCAGUGCUCGGAUGCUAAAAUGCAGCCCAGCAAAGGGAGGGGAGAACAUGCCGGGUACAGCUUCGGUGUCCGUGUCCCCAGUUCCCUUCGCUCCAGCCUGCUGCGCUCACUGGCACACGCGUUGGGUGGGAGGUGGGAGAUCAGGAGGCUGAAAUGCAGCCUGGGGGGCACCGACAGCCCCCCUAGUCCAGGGGCAGCCCCAAGGUGUUUUGCCCACGGAGCUGGGCUGUGCGAUGGGUGCAGGAGAGGUCCCUGCCUGCCACCGAGGACGUGCUGCCUGCCCGACCCUGCCCACACGCUUUCCUUCCUGCCCCAGCCCACGGGUGUUUUUUUUUAAAGGUUGUUGAAGGUGAGUGAGUUGAUAGGAAUGGAUUUUAAACUUUUUUCAAAUUUCUGUGAGAAGAAUCUAGUCUUUUAGCAGUUCUGAAAUACGGGUGGUCUCGGAAAUGAGUGUAUUUUUAGUACUUUCGUGGUCAGAGAGCUAGCAGCCCAAAGCUUUUUUAAUAGAUCUUAUUAUACCUUCUAUUAGCAUUGCCUUUUCCUAGUGCCCACUUUUAUCCUGGGUGUGGAUGUAACCCCUGCUGAGACAGCUCAGAAAACACAAGCCCCUUUCUGCUUUACCCAAACGAGGGGGAAUAAGUAUCAUGUUUUGGUCCCA